AUUUGCAUUCAAGAAUUUAAUUAAGAAAUUUCUUCUAAAUUUGGUCUAAACAAAGAAAUAAUUUAAUUUACACUUUUAUAACGAAAGUCCCCAGACGAGGGCAUAUUUCACAAAUCGAAAAAUGUCGAGUGUUUGCGCACAAAAUCAAAAGGCCGCUAAUAAGUUCGAAGAUAAUUUUCCCUAUCCAGCUUGCUGGCAAGAUAAUGUGCGCAUGGGAUUCCUUUUAUCGACCUUCAGAGAGCGGACUGUUAAUCCAGAAAGUUUUGAUUCCAAAUUACAAUUCUGGACAAAUCUAAUACGAGAUUAUUGUGAGUAUAAAGGAGAUGCUAAUUUCAAUAAAGAAGAAUUGAAAAUUCGUUUUACAAGAAAUGGCCAUGUGCCUGCUUGUUUGGACACAGUUUUAUCGAAUAUGCUGCAGCUGAAGAUUAUUUGUGCCAGUGAAGAUUACAAAUUAAAUAUAAAUUCCAACUGGACUGAAUGGGCUCUUCACAAUUUUAUAAAGGGGCCAUUUCUAUGGGUUUACGGAACAUUAAAAUUUUGGCUCAACCCUAAUGAAAUGACUGCCGAUACGCAUCGAAUCGAAUACGUCCAUAUGGAUGUCUUAAGGAAAUUUUGUAUGCAAGUGUAUGAGCUAUUGCAAAAAUCUCCAUUCAAAGGAACAGUACAACCUUAUGAAGUAUUUAUUGAAGAAGUGUUAAGGGUAAUGACCAUUUCCGAAAAUUGUAUUAAAAUGUGCGCUCAAACGUUGCACUAUGAGCGUAAAAUUGACUUGUUAUAUAAAUUGGGGGACAGUGAAAAUCGUAUACAACUGAUUAAAGUACCUAUGGAAAAUGAACCCGUUACCGGAAUAAACGAAAACGAUAUAGUUAUACAUAAGAUGAAAGCUGUACGAAUGACCUUAAUGGAGCAACUACGAGAUAUUGAAGUAAAAAUUGAAGAGAUCAAAUCGAGCAUUCGUAAAUAUCUUAAGGAAAACAAUCGACGAAUGGCAAAACCUUUACUUCAAAAGAAACAUUUGCUGGAAAAUACCCACAAAAAGCAGAGCCUCGCUUUACAGAAUAUUGAGACGCUUUUACUAAGUGUUGAAGAAGCAAAGCAUAACGGCAUCAUCCUAGAUGCUUAUAAAAGCGGAUCGAAGGCUUUGCAAAAUAUUUUUGAUACUUCAAAUUUGAAUAAUGACACCGUAACAGAUAUUGUUGCUGAUGUCAAUGAAACAAUUGAAACACAUAAAGAAAUCGGGGAUAUACUUGCUGAUACGAAUCUCAAUGUGUCCGAUUCAUAUGAUGACAAUGAUUUGGAACGUGAACUUGCUCAAAUCACCGGCGAGAAUGUUGAAACUGAAACAAAAAUUGAUAAAACAAUCGCAUAUGAAAAAUCGGUGCUAACAGAUGACCAGCUUAUAAAUAUGUUAGAAGAAUUAGAAGUGGAACAAAAAAGUCCCGGAGAAACAGAAAGAUCACAACAGCUAAAAAAACCAUCUAGGAAGCCGAAAGGUGAUAAAAUUCCAAUAUUGCUGCAUGCAUUUGCAUUGAUAAGCAUUGAUAAUGAUGUGUGUGUGUUUACGAAAACAGAAAAAAGUCUUCCUAUUUGUAUUUCAAGGAACAAUAGACUUUGACACAAUAAUGCAAAGUUAUCCAUCCAUCCAUCGUGUUUAGCAUGCGGUCUGUGUGCAGUAUGAAGUAUUGCAAAUACCGUAUGAAUAAAAG